AUGAUAGCAGACAUAAUCGCCGGUGAAGGAGAAAGAUCUUCCGGUGACGGUGUUUUUGUGAAUGGGAGGUUUUGCAAGAAUCCAAAAGAUGUGGAAAUCGAAGAUUUGGUGUACAAAGGGUUUAACAUACCCGGAGACACAAACAACACGCAAGGAGCAGAAGCCACACUAGUGGAUAUAAAUAAGUUCCCAGCACUUAACACACUUGGUGUAUCUAUGGCUCGCAUAGACUUCGGCCCCUUUGGCCUAAACACCAUUCAUUUGCAUCCCCGUAGCUCAGAGAUCUUCGCCGUACUAGAAGGAACUCUCUAUGCAGGCGUUGUCACCACAGAUUACAAGCUCUAUGACACGGUGUUGAGAAAGGGUGAUAUGAUUGUUUUCCCACAAGGUCUAAUCCAUUUCCAAUUUAAUCUUGGCAAAACAAAUGCUUUUGCUAUUGCCUCUUUUGGAAGCCAAAAUCCUGGACGUAUUAACGUUGUUGAUGGUUUGUUUGGAACUAGGCCUCGUAUUUUGGAUGAUGUUCUUACCAAAGCCUUUCAGGUGGAUAAGAUAGUGAUUCAAGAACUACUAUCCCAUUUUUCGAGCCAAAACUCAUCAAUCAACACUAUCGGAAGAUCAAUUCUUCAAUUGUUCGCUCAAACUACAAAUGAUUGUGCCAAUUGAUUUCGACCCAGCUUGCAUAUUGGCCAAGUGUAUAUGUAGUAUAUAAUAAGUGAACAAGCUAAGAAGCAUUCACAAAGGCUCGA